CCUGCCAACAUGGCGCCGCGCUGGUAGCUGCUAGUCCUCUUUUAAAUUUUGUUAAACUUUAUCGUCCGUUUGGAAAAAAUGCGAGUAUUUAAGUUUGAAGAUAGCGCUCUAAUGUCUUCUUAAGGCGUUACCAGCACUCCACUGGCCUCCGGAGAUUCAGCAGCCAUGACCGAGGAGGAGCUGCGGCCCGUGCCCCGCGAGAGAGCCAUCCUGGAGAGCUUCUUCACCCAGCUCGGAGUCUUCUCUUUCGACCGGGCCAAGGACUACCUGGAGAAGGAGAAGGACGGCAGCAGCAGGAGCUCCGGGGCGCUCUGGGCGGCGCUGCUCGCCGCGCUGGCUCACCUGGCUGCGGCCGAGAAGGCCUACCAUCACAUGACAUUCCUGGGACAGAAGAUAGGGGGCCAGUCCUUCUUCAGCAGAAAGGACUCCAUCCGGACCAUCUACACGUCUCUGUUCAACGAGCUGAGGAAGGUGGUGACGAUGGGCCGCCACAGCCAGCAAACCCUCUCCUCCGCCGCCGCCGCCUCCUCUUCCCACCACCACCUGGAGGACCUGCUGUCGCACCUGUCCGAGCAGCUCUGCCACUUCACGCAGGCUCGCACGGAGAUGGCCGACCUGUACGAGAAGAUGCACUCGCUGGGCGGCCAGAAGAGCGUCAACUCGGACGAGCUGGUCGCCACGCUGGAGGCCGUGCUGCGCAAGUACAGCUCCAAGUUCCAUCACCCCAUCCUGGGCCGGGUGGAGGAGAGCUUCCAGACGGAGGUGGAGGUGGUGACCCAGCUGCUGCGCGGCCAGGCUCAGGUGUCGGAGUGGCACUUCCUGCCCGCCCUGCUCAGCCUGCACGGCGCCCACACCAAGCUGACGGCGUGGGGACAGCUGUUCCAGCGGCAGAAGGAAACCCGCAAGCACCUGUUCGGCGGUCAGUCGCAGAAGGCCGUGCAGCCGCCCCACCUCUACCUGUGGCUGCAGCGCUUCCAGGCGGCGCUGCUUGCCAAGUUCAGCUUCUACUUCUACGAGGCCCUGAGUCGGCAGACGACGCCGGCGGACAUGAGGGCGCUCACGGCCCGGGCCGCACCGGACUACCACGGCAAGAUCUCCGGCUUCAUCCGCAAGCACGACGCCAGCAACGUGUCUCUGGUAUUCGACAACCGCGGCCUGGACAGCUUCCAGGGUCAUGGCUACCACCACCCGCAGUCGUACCGCGAGGCGCCCAAAGGGGUGGAGCAGUUCCCCGCCGUGGUGUCGCUGCCCACGGGCGAGCGGCCCCUCACACACUGGCCCAACGUCAUCAUGAUGAUGGGCGACCGCGCCGCCGAGCUCAACACCCUGGACAAGGUGGUGCACUUCUACGACGACAAAGUCCAGAGCACCUACUACCUGACGCGGCCCGAGCCGCACUUCACUCUGGUGGUCAUCUUCGACGGGCGCAAGUCUGAGAAGGACCUGCACAUCGUCGCCUUCCUGCAGGAGACCUGCAGCUCGCUGCGCAACUCCAAGCCUUUCAGCACCCUCAAACCGGGCUCCAAGGCCUGAGCCGGGCCCAGAACCACCAAGCUCCAAGGCCUGAGCCGAGCCCAGAACCACCAAGCUCCAAGGCUUGAGCCGGGCCCAGAACCACCAAGCUCCAAGGCCUGAGCCGGGCCCAGAACCACUAAGCUCCAAGGCCUGAGCCGGGCCCAGAACCACUAAGCUCCAAGGCCUGAGCCGAGCCCAGAACCACCAAGCUCCAAGGCUUGAGCCGGGCCCAGAACCACCAAGCUCCAAGGCCUGAGCCGGGCCCAGAACCACCAAGCUCCAAGGCUUGAGCCGAGCCCAGCAACAACUUGUUUGGAAAACUGUGUCCUGCGGUCCAAACGGUGUCUAUCUUCCAAGCCCAAAACCGAGUUCCAGACCAAAGAGAUUUAAACUUUCCAUUAAUUUAUUUUAAUCAUUCAUUUUAAUCUUUCAGCCUGUAUUAAUGUGGUUUUAACAGGUUCAGAUUUUAUUUUUCAGUGUUCACUUCUGUUGUACUUUAUCAAUUUCAAUAAAGUUUGGAGACAAAUGGC